GUAUAAAAAAACCGUAGACUCCUGUUUCCAACCGUCUUGCUCGUUACUAUAAAAUAAACCGUGCGCAAGGUUUUAUACAGGUAGAUAGAAAACUUCGGCACGCGUGCAAAAUUUUGAUCAAAACCGUUUGGAUAUUUUGGAUACAAAGUUCAUUUCAGAGACCGACAAUGCCGUUCAAGCCUCCAGAUCAGGCUAAAUGCCCAUUGUGCGGAAAGUCCGUGUACGCGGCCGAAGAGAGGUUAGCAGGCGGGAAGAAAUGGCAUAAAUUCUGUUUUAAAUGUGGCAUGUGCAACAAGAUGCUUGACAGCACGACGUGUGCCGAGCACGAGGGAAUGAUCUACUGCAAGGGUUGCCAUGGAAAGAAGUUCGGACCCAAGGGGUAUGGCUUUGGUCAGGGUGCUGGUGCUUUGAGCAUGGAGACCGGAGAACAGUUUGGCAACACAAGUGGCGGGAUGACAAACCGGCCACAAGAAGGUCAUGUUGGAGGCUCGUACGGAGGUCCAAAUGCCUGCGGAAGAUGUGGUAGAGCUGUCUAUGAAAUGGAGAAAGCCAAUGGGAUGGCAGAUCCUUGGCACAAGUCCUGUUGUACUUGUAAACUAUGCAAUAAGAAACUGGACCCUAGUGCUUUGAACAGGCAUGAGAAGGAGAUAUACUGUAAAGGAUGUUACGCAAAGAAUUUUGGGACUUCCGGUUAUGGGUUUGGUAUUGGUGCUGGAUGUCUGUCCACCGGAACAUAAGAAUCGGCCGCAACAAAGGGCAUACGCACACAAGCCUGAGUAGUGUUUGAAUGUAAAUUGUUUUAAAUUUAUAUAAAAUACUGGCGAGGUCGUCAGGCAUUUUCGCAUGGAAUUUUGUAUCAGUUGCUUAUAGUAUUUAUUGUAAGGCAUUCUAUGUUUAAGAAUAUUUCUUUUUUUUGUAUAAAUGCAAAAAUAUCCCAGAAAAAUAAGUGAUUUACUGUACACUGACAAAUGAAGAAGGGAAACACAAUUGGUGAUGAAAUAACUAUGUUCGCAACAGUAUAACAAAUCUUGUUAUUUUCUUUAGCUGUACGUUUGAAAUUGUCAUGAAUAUCUUUGAAAGGUAGUUCCUCAUUUGUGUAUAUUAAAGGAGAAAAUUGUAAUACUAUUUAUGCAUAUAUCUCUGUAAUCUUGUAAUUUCAUUCAUGGAUUAGAUAAAUGUUUAAUGCUUAGAGUGUAAGACAGCCUGUUCGCUUCAUAAAUGUGCUGGUGUUGUAGUAGUUUAAAAUAUUCAAUAUUUUCAUCAUAAAUGCGUAUGCACGGGUUUCUCGUAUUAAGUAUUGCUUUCAUAAAGCAAUGCAUUGUAUAUUCGCAUUUGACUACUAUUUCCUAGUUGCUUUUUAUUGUACAUAAUUUGCUCAUUAAAUUUGUUUUAUGUAUUUUACGCAAGUAUGGUAUGUGCAAUAAAUAUGUUCUGAAACUUA